AUGCGCCGCUCCGACGCAGAGGACGAGGCCCCUCCGCCGCCGAGCGACGUCGCGGCGCGGCUGGGCGGCGCGGCGGCGGCGGCGGCCGCCGAGGCGGGAUCCGCGGAGGGGGUCGCGGACGGGGCCGGGGGCGCGGCUGCGCGGGGCGGCCGCGCGUCGCGGGAGGAGGUUGGCAGGGUGGGCAGCCUCGACCAGCUGUACGGCGAGCCGUGGGCGGACAAGGUUGAGCGGAUCCGGCGCGCUUCGCCGCACGGGCGCCGGUCGGGCUGGGCGCUGGUGCCGCUCCUCUCCAAGGCGAACGACGACGUGCGGCAAGAGGUGUUUGUGAUGCAGCUGCUGCGGCUCCUCGAGCGCGCCUUCCCCGCGCCGCUGUGGCUGCGGCCGUACGCCAUCCUCUCGACGGGCCCGCGCUCGGGCCUGAUCGAGUUCUCGCCAAACACGCAGUCGCUGCAUGCCCUCAAGAAGCUUCCUCGCUUCGGCUCGCUCGAGGAGCACUUUCUCGACCAUUACGGCGACGCGUCGUCGCCUCGCGGCGCCGCCGCCCGCCACAACUUUGUGAGCUCGCUCGCCGCCUACUCGAUCGCCACUUACCUGCUCGGCGUCAAGGACCGGCACAACGGCAACAUCCUGCUCGACCGGGACGGCCACCUCAUCCACAUCGACUUUGGGUUCGUGCUCGGGCGCGCGCCGGGCGGCCGGGCGGCGCUCGAGGCGGCCGUGCCCUUCAAGCUCACCCGAGAGAUGGUGGGCGUGCUGGGCGGCCCCACUGCGCCGCUCUUCACCGAGACGCUCGUCGACCUCUGCACCUCUGCGCUGCGGGCGGCGCGCGCACACGCCGACUCGCUGCUCGCCCUGAUCGAGAUGACGGGCUACCGCUCCGACAUGCUCUGCUUCGCCUCCGGGGUCGAGACGCCGCUCCGGCAGGCGCGCCGCGCCGCGAUUGGAACGGCAGGCGCCUCAGCCCCGCCCGCCCACGCCUCAGCCGCGCUGGUCCGCGCCGCACAGGUGCGCGACAGGCUCAUGCUCGAGGUUCCAGAGGAGCAGCUGCGCGAGCGAGUCGAGCAGCUCGUCUCUCUCUCGUACAACAACGUCUACACCCGCGCCUACGACGAGUUUCAGCGUUGGUCCAACGGGAUUGCUUGCUGA